CUUAAAAGUUUACCAUAAUAAAGUAAUACGUUAAUUGUAAACAUAUUUAACAAAAGUUCUUGUGAUUAUAAAUUUCAAAAAUAAGUGAACUUCCUGACGGCAAACACAUUCAACGUCAUCAUGGACUUGAGUUCUGAAGAAGAAGAAAUUAUAAAAUUAAAAAAAGAAAUUAUAAAAUUAAAAGAAAAUUUAAAACGGAAAGAAGAAAAUAGAACACGAAGAAAACAUUUAGAAGAGAUGAAUACUUCGCAAUCUGAAGAGAAUGCAUGUUCCUCAAAAAAGCCGACAGAUCCAAUACAAACAGAAGGUAGUUCAUUCAAACAACUUUUAGCAUUUUGGAAUAAUCAGCAAAUUAAAGAAAGUACCAAAGAACAUACACAUCAAAAGAAGCAGAUUCGUGAAGAAAAGGAUGGAAAAGUAAGGGAAGCUUUUUCGAAAGAACAGACAGAUCUAAUAGCAAUAGAAGACACUACAAACAAGCAAGCUGCUCUAUCUGAAGACAGUCAUCAAAUUAAGGGAAAUACCCAAGAAAAUAUAGUUCCAGGGAACUGGGCUGGACGAGAAACAGAUGGCGAAAGAAAUAAAACUACGUCGGAUAAGCUUUUUGAAAAACGAGCAGGAACCACCGACAAGGGAAAAAAAUACGAAGAUUUGGUUACCGCUAAAGUCGCACUACAAUUGGUAAGCGACAGUGAAAUAAGAGAUUUCUGCAUUUCUUCGAACGAUAAAAAUUUUGGUGAUUUUGAUGACGUGGUUAUUGAAAUUGAGACGGAUAGCGGAAUAAAAACAAAGGCACUGCAAUUGAAACACAGUAACGAAAAAAGACAAUUGUAUAUAAAGCAGCUGGCAAACAAAAAGGGAGAUUUUAAUUUAAUCAAAUAUUUCAAAUCUGCUCAAGAGGUUCAAGACGAAGUGCAAGAAUUUAUAUUAUUUACCACAAAUACAUUUAAAACUUCGGAAGAAACGAAAUUUAAACUAGAAGGGGAAGAGUUUUACGUGAAGGUCAGUAAAAAGACAGUUUCAGGAGACGAUUUCGACGUUUUAAGAAUUUCUGAAAAUAUAAAUUAUUAUCAUACAUUUCACAUAGUAGAGGACGAAUGGACUAAACAAAAUCCUGAAAAAAUUCAGCAGUACCAAACAUUUUUCGAGUGCUUUCGUCUUUACACAAACCAAGAACGUUUUGAAGCUCUUACAAAAUCAACAAUGGAUAAAUUUACUGAGAUGUUUUGCUCUAAUGAAGAAACUUUCAAGAAAUACUUCGACAUGAUAUCGGAAUGGAGUUUGAAAGAAAAAGAAAAAGAAAAACUAAACAAAAGAAUGAUGCAACAUGCAAUAGCACUUCGUUUGCUUUCAUCUCAGAUCGAACCAUUUGUUUUUGGUUCAGUCACAGACGAAAUGAAAAUACUUCGGGAGGCUAUUUGUCUGUUCGACAUUACGUUGUUGGGAAAAAAAGGCAGCAACGCAGUUAAAAAUUUGUGGGGAGAUUUGAACCAAAACAUUGACCUCAAAGAACUAAACAAAGUUCGAUCACUUUAUUCUCUUUCUUCAAAUUACAUAAGUGGUGUCGAAAAUCUGGAUGCAAAUUUGUUGACACAGUUGCUUUGGCUGAUGGAGAAAUGUCCACUCAUUGUGAAAGAACACGAAAAUAUGGAGAAAGCUAUUAAACUUUGUCCAGAUGCAAAAUUUAUUAUACUUGGCGAAGGAAAAUAUAAAGAAUGGAUGAAAAAACGAUUUGUCUUUCAAAACUUACCCAACUUGAAAUCAAAAGGCGAAUUGUAUGAAAAAGUAUUGCAAAAUUUCACCAUUUCUAUACAAGGAAAAGAAGCAAUUAAGUUAGUGACCGCUUUCGACAAAAAUGAAGAAAUUUUCAAACAUGUUACUGUGGAAAAACUUUUAGAGAUGGCAAAUGGUCCAUGGCAUAUAGAUGGACAAAAGGAAGUUUUUCCCAAUCUCUAUAUCGAUAGAUAUUUGUCAGUCAAUAUUAUAGACAUUAAAUAUUUAGAACAUGUUAAUCGAAAGACUGUUAUCAUUUUAAAUUGCGAAGGUUAUUCUCAGCAAUUGAAAAUAUCUAAAAAGUAUACUCUAACAGACAUCGAGGGUUUUUUAAGUAAUACAGACCCCAAAAUUUUUGAUAAACCAAUUUUUAUAAGGAGCGAAAAAAAUUGCAGUGAUUCUGAUUUUCAAAUAAUAUGUUCUAAAACAGCAGAAUCCACAACUGUGCACUAUUUUAAAUUUCUCAACGAUCAAAAUUUAGAAUGGAUUGGAAGCAAAGGCUCAGUUAAUGAACUGCGAAAAUAUAAAUUACGUAGUCGUUCCAAAAACGAAAACGAAAUUUGGUCUUCCGAAUUCAGCAACAACAUACAUCUAAUAACAGGUGACCCAGGAAUGGGCAAAACCGAGUUAACGAAGAGUCUAAAAAACAACUGUUGUGCGAGAUAUUGGACCGUGAUUCUGAGUGCUCAAGAUGUUAUGUCUUUCUUUAAAAAUUCAGCAAAGUCUAAAAAAUCACACUUAGAACUAUUCGAAACAUUUAUUUUAAACGAAAAAUAUCGACAUCACGCUGGACUCGAUCGAGAAUUUUUUAAAAUGUGUUUAAAGCAACGCAAUGUGGUUUAUGUAUGGGACGCUCUUGAUGAAAUAUUUACUCGCUAUUUAAAUUCUACUUUAGAUCUCAUUCUUAUGUUUUCACAAAAAGAUUGCAUUCAGUGGGUUACUGCAAGGCAACAUUUGAGAUCUUCUCUAGAAGAAAAAUUUGAUACCCUGUCCGUGGGUAUCAAUCAGCUCAGCGAAGUCGAGCAAGAGGACUACAUUAAGAAACGUCUUAACAAUUUUAUUAAGCCUGUAGAUGUGAAACCAGUCAUCGACAAAAUUAAAUCCACGUUUGCAUUUACAAAACAUAUAGAUAUAUUGGGAAUCCCCCUUCAAAUUUUUAUGCUUACAGACGUAUUACUUAAAAACAAGGAAAACUAUUUAGACUUAUUAAACAAUAAAUUUCUCCUGACUGACAUGUACCGGUAUUUUAUUGAAGGAAAAUUUAAGUUUUUCUACGGAGAUAAAGUGCCCGUAAACAAUGAUUAUUGGGAAGAAGAAGUAAAGAAAAAGAAGGAAGAGAAAUUAAAACAGUAUGAAAAGUUGGCGUUCAAAGUAAUAUUUCCUGAAGAUGUUUUGAAACAAUUAAAUAUAGAUUAUUCGCAAAAGAUAGAUUCUGUUUCUGAAGAUUUCGCAACUGUCGGUAUCGUGACUGGACUACAAAACGGCAUACCGCAAUUUGCACAUGCUUCCUUUGCCGAAUAUUUUGUUGCCUUAUAUUUUUCUAGAAAUUUUAAAAUGAUACACAGGUACAUAUUUUUUGAUGCGAAGUAUAAUAACGUACGUUUCUUCUUCGACAUGUUAACUGGCACAAAUUCACCGGUCCACAUUGCGAUUUUAUAUAGAAAUUUUGAUGAAGUGGAGAACUUUGACGACAAAAUAAUAAAACGUAAAGAUGAGUGUGGAAGAAGUGCCUUACACCUCAUUUGUUCUUGGGGACGAAGACAAGGGCGUAUAAAUGUACACACCGAAUCUAGCGGUUACGUUAUUGAGGCAACUAGGGAGAUAAUGAGUAGUUCAUUAGAAACGAAAGAAUAUUUUAAAGCGUUAUCGUUUUUGUUAGAUAAUUGUGAAAUAUUAGAACAAGAUCUUUUACAUAAAAUCACACCCUUAGCAUGGGCACAAGAAAGUGAUAGUUUGGGAGCUGAACUGGAAUUAUUGCAAUCAUGCAAAUUACAACUGAAAGAUUCGUAUAGUCGAAUAGACAAAAUUAAUAUUUUAUUUUUUGCCGCUUUGCACGGAUACGCAGAAGCGUUUAAAAUAUUAUUUUCAUCUUCGAGUAGUUCUAAUAAUGAAGUAAAUUUUAGUGUUGAAUUCGAUGGUAGUACGCCUCUUAUAAUAGCUUCUCGAGAGGGGCACGAAACAGUUGUUGAGUACUUGGUCAAAUACGGAGCCGAAAUCAAUCGCAUUAAUAAAUAUGGUGAGACACCGCUUUACGCAGCUUCCUCUCGAGGUCACGAAAAAAUUGUCGAAUUCCUGGUGAAAUGCGGAGCCGAAAUCAAUCGCGUAUAUAUUUAUGGUGGGACACCGCUUCACGCAGCUUCCUCUCGAGGUCACGAAAAAAUUGUCGAAUUCCUGGUGAAAUGCGGAGCCGAAAUCAAUCGCGUAUAUAUUUAUGGUGGGACACCGCUUUACGCAGCUUCCUCUCAAGCUCACGAAAAAAUUGUCGAAUUCCUGGUGAAAUGCGGAGCCGAAAUCAAUCGCGCUGAUAAAAAUGGUCGGACACCGCUUUACGCAGCUUCCUCUCAAGGUCACGAAAAAAUUGUCGAAUUCCUGGUGAAAUGCGGAGCCGAAAUCAAUCACGCUCUUGAAGAUGGUCUGACACCGCUUUACGCAGCUUCCUCUCGAGGUUACGAAAAAAUUGUCGAAUUCCUGGUGAAAUGCGGAGCCGAAAUCAAUCGCGCUGAUAAAAAUGGUCGGACACCGCUUUACGCAGCUUCCUCUCAAGGUCACGAAAAAAUUGUCGAAUGCCUGGUGAAAUGCGGAGCCGAAAUCAAUCGCGCUGAUAAAAAUGGUCGGACACCGCUUUACGCAGCUUCCUCUCAAGGUCACGGAAAAAUUGUCGAAUGCUUGGUGAAAUGCGGAGCCGAAAUCAAUCGCGCUAAUAAAGAUGGUGAGACACCGCUUUACGCAACUUCCUCUCAAGGUCACGAAAAAAUUGUCGAAUUCCUGGUGAAAUGCGGAGCCGAAAUCAAUCGCGCUGAUAAAGAUGGUCGGACACCGCUUUACGCAGCUUCCUCUCAAGGUCACGGAAAAAUUGUCGAAUGCCUGGUGAAAUGCGGAGCCGAAAUCAAUCGCGCUAAUAAAGAUGGUGAGACACCGCUUUACGCAACUUCCUCUCAAGGUCACGAAAAAAUUGUCGAAUUCCUGGUGAAAUGCGGAGCCGAAAUCAAUCGCGCUGAUAAAGAUGGUCGGACACCGCUUUACGCAGCUUCCUCUCAAGGUCACGAAAAAAUUGUCAAAUGCCUGGUGAAAUGCGGGGCAAAAAUUAAUCCAGCUAAUACAUAUGAGAACACAUUGUUGUACGCAGCUUCCUCUCAAGGUCACGAAAAAAUUGUCGAAUGCCUGGUGAAAUGCGGAGCCGAAAUCAAUAACCCUGAUAAAUAUGGUCGGACACCGCUUUACGCAGCUUCCUCUCAAGGUCACGAGAAAAUUGUCGAAUGCCUGGUGAAAUGCGGAGCCGAAAUCAAUCGCGCUGGUGAAGAUGGUUGGACACCACUUAACGCAGCUUCCUUUCAAGGUUACGAAAUAAUUGUCGAAUUCCUGGUGAAAUGCGGAGCCGAAAUCAAUAGCCCUAAUAUAAAUGGUUGGACACCGCUUUUCGCAGCUCUCUUUCAAGGUCACAGAAAAAUUGUCGAAUACUUAGUAAAAUGUGGAGCAAAACCUUUCGUUUAAUAAAAUGAAUAAUGAUGGUUCAACUCGAAUAGUCACCAAAAAUCUGUCGAUUGAUUAGUUCAACGGUGAUCCAAAACUCCUCUACGCCGGGCCAGACUUUAAAUAUUUUAUUACCAUCCGCCGCCUCAUUUUUUAAUUGUUAUUUUGUUGAUCACAUCAGGGACGUUAAUUUUGUUCUGUCUAUUAAAAACAAUGUUACCUUUACCUUUGAGAAAUAUUAUUACAUACUUUAAUUAUAGGAUUUAUAUUAAAAAAAAUAAAAUUAAAAAAAAAACUGAAUUUGUUCGACCGUAUUUCAGGAGCGACAAAUGUCCUGUCUGAUGCCUUGGACCAAUUUUACCUAGUUUGAUUAAAAUUAAAAUUUGUUUCUACAAAAUUUUUUCUUAA